AUGAACGAAAAAGUUAUAAAAAGCAUUUAGGAAUGCCAGAGUUAUAGUGCAGGUGAGACUUUGCCUGAAUAGCCUUUUAGAGAAGUUUUUAAUUACUUAGAGUAAUUAGAUCACUUUAAAAAAAUUAAGAAAUUACCUAACUAUUUCGAGCUGAUGAGACUGUCCAUUAGGUCUCUUAACUUGUAAAUAUUUAAAAGAGGGGAAAUAUUAGUAAGAUAAAGAGAUAGAGGAGAUAAAUUUUUUAUUAUUUUAAGCGGUGAUGUUAAUGUCUACGUUUAGCAUUCAACAUAAACUUUAAAGAAAAUGAAUGCAAUUACUAAAAAAGUUAACCUACUCUAGCAGCAGGAGAAUGUUGUGAAUCAAGAGGCAAUCAAAGAAUUAGAUUAUCAGUUUAGACUCCUAUAAGAUGUUUAAUAAGAAGAUAAAGAAUUACUUUAGUUGACUAACGAUCCUAUGUUCGUAAAAUACUCUUCUUCGCAACUACAGCUUUUGUAAAUUCAACAAAAGCAAGUGUAAAAUAAUUAAAAGAAUGAAUAUAGCAUAUCCCAAGAAGCUUAAAAGUUUUUUUGCAAAAGAGUUAAUCAACUCAAAACUAAUUGCACUUUUGGUGAAUUUUCUCUUGCUAAAUUAGGAUAAAGGACAGCUUCAAUCAUUGCUAAAAGUCAAGAAGUAGUGACUGCCUGGAUUCCUUAUGAAUUAUACAACAUUAUUUUUGAUGUUGAAAUAAAAUUCAGAGAAAACUUUGCUAAAUUUAUUUAGCAAUUUUUUCCUAAAAUAGGAGAUACCUUCGGAGUUUAAAUUGCUUACUUUUUUUAAGAGAAACCUUUGCUGAGAAAUUAGGUUGUUUACAGAGAAGGAGAUCAAGUAAACGAACUCUUUUAUAUCCUUGAAGGAAACAUAACUUUAACUAAGAGAUUACUAUCUUAGGAGAGCUAAGAAAGCUAGUCUUAAGAUUUAACUUAAACAGUUAGAGAGCACUAAAUCUCUCAGUUCAAAAAAAAAUUUGAAGAAAAAACUAUUGUUAUUUUACAAUAAAAUCAAUUCUUUGGGUAUGAAUAAGAGAAUGCGCAACAUUUUUUUACUGCAGUUUGUUCUGCCACAAACACAAAGAUCUAUAAGCUAAAUAAGUAUUUAUUAAACUAGAUAUCUGAUUAUAAUUUUCAUGAUAUCUUGCACAAGAAGUCUUCUGAGAGUAUUAAAAGGUAUAAUGAGCGUAUUAACUUUAUUUCUCAAACAUAGCUAAAUAUUAAUUAAGUUCUUUCUAGUUCCACUAAUAAAUAAAGCUUACCUCCGCAAAAUAAUCCUUUUGUGGAAUAUCAAUUAGAUGAAAAAAACUCUCCCUUAAAUUAAAUUAGCUUACUUCGAAACUCUAUCAAUCAAAUUGCUUUAAAAAAGUAUCAUUUAAAAUCUAAAAGCAUAGUUAGCUUAAAUAAUUCUCCUCAUUAAUCAACAACCUCUUUAUUUUAAUCCCCUUAAUCAAAUGAUAAUAAGUCACUUACUGAAAGGGCUAGUGCUGAAUUUUAAAGAAAGUCUCCCUUACAUUUGUAAAAUUAAAACAUAAUCAACCUUAAACCUAUUGAAAAUAAUUCUUACACAAAUCAUAACUCUUCAAGUGUCGCAAAUAUUUCUACAACAAAUCUAAAUAAUCAUUCAAAUUGCAAUCUAAAAACUGAAGUUGCAGAUGAGUAUGCUCCCAAGUCAGAAAUCUUUGAAUAUGCAGAAACAUUCUCUUAAGUAAAAAAAAGAUUGAAAUUAAACAAGACAAAAAUGUUGAAGAAAGAAUAGCUACCUUAAUUUGGAAAUAUAUCUCAUUUAAAUAAACUGAAAUAGAAACUUUCCAUCUCAAGGCUUUUCUCAUAAAAAGAAGAAAUCCAACAAACACAAAAGUUAUGCUUCCAAUAAUCACUUCCUGAGUUAAGUGAUGAAAAUAUGCUUUUUGGAUAAAAUGAGAAUUUCUCCAUUAGAAACAUUCCAUCCUUGAGAUUUAUUACGGAAUCUCAUGUUUUCUCUAUGAAUCACACAAGUCCAUCUUCUCCAACAACUUUAAAUUCAUAAAACCUUUUGAGAUCCUCAGUUCAUGAAGCUUAAGUUGAAUAAACUCCAUAAUAAAAUGCUUAUCAGAUCAUGUCUAGUAAUACCCAAUAUCCUCCUAUUUAUCAAUAAUUAAACUAUCAAGAGCAAUAAGAAGAGUAAAUAUCUCCAAAGUUAAAUACCAAAUCAAACAACUAGCAACAGUCAUCAUUGCUUAGUACUUAAAAGAUUCCCUUCGAAAAUUCAAUAAAUGUAAGCAGUGUUCCUCGCUAUUCUUUAGAAACAUAAGAUAGCUCAAAUAAUACAAGUGAGAUUAAUAUUUUCAAGAGUGAAAAGCUAUAGCGGGGUUAAUCUCAUUCUAAUUUAGUCUCUUCCCUUAGUAUUUCAACCCCUUUGCAAUUAAGCAACAAAUAAAGCCCUAUGAAAGGUAUUUCAUAAACUUAAUACUAAUAGCUGCAAAAAAGUAAUACCAUUACAAAUGAUGGUAAAUUCUCUUUAUACCCUGUGCUUACUAAUAAUAAAUUUAUUUAGUAAGUUUAAUAGUAAUAGCAAUAAAAUAUAAUAUAAUCUCAAAAGUUUUUUAAGUAAAAUACUUCUAAUCAAAAUACUAACUCAAACGAAGGAUUUUCAAUAAGAAAAAAAGUGAUUUAAACUUACACUACGAAUUAAGCUAAGCAAAAUAUAAAAGCUUCCUAAAAUACUUAAAAUACUGAGGAAAUUUCAAGUAUAUCUUAACAAACUAAUGAAGAAGAAUUGAGUAUAGCACAAAAAAAUAUGAUAAAGUCAAUUACAAAAUUGGGUGAGGAAUUGCUGUUUGAUGAUAAUACAACUACAAGUGGAAUGAGAAUCAGCUCACCUAUGAAAUCAAUAGAAGAAGAAAAGAUGAAAGAGGAUUUAAGCUUUUUUAGUGAAGAAAAUAUAAAAUUAAAUACUGAACCUAAUUAUGUUCAUUAAAGAAAUGCUACUCAGCACGAAGAGCCAAUCUAUAAAGAUAAAAGCUACUCUCCUAACUUUCUAAGCAGAAGAAAUAAAAAAUUUUAUAGCCUUAAAAUCAUCAAAUCGUAAGUAAACUAAAAAAUCAAUGAAACUGACAUUCCUAACAAUGUUUAGCCUUAAUAAUCACUUUAUUUCUUUUCUUCUCAAUGUCAUCCUACAAAUUUUAAAAACUUGCCACAGCAAAAAAAUGAAAAUAGCAAUAGUAGUAAAUCAAUUGACAAAAAGAAGAUGCAUUUUGAAUCUCCAACAAGAUAUGAAAAAUUAUCUACAGAUUUAAAGCCUUCUAUUGUUAUCUCACCAGCAAUUAAAGGUCUAAAAAGUGAUACUAAACUAUCUAAACUUCCUUAAUCUCCAAUUUCUUAAAGAAGUAGUAAAAGCAUAGAGAAACUAAUAAGCUUAAACCAAGUAGAAGCUUCAUCAAAUUCAAAUUAUUCUUCUGAUUAGAAGCUUGAAUAACCACACUUACAUUCACAAGAGACUCUCAAAUAUUAAGUUAGUCAACCUGUUAAACAUUAACAAGAAAUAAUAGACUACUAAUCUACUGACAAGGAAUUAAAUGAAUACAGAAACAGUGUAACAAGCACUGAAUUUAGCUAUCCUAAAUAAAUAUAUAUAGUAAACAGACCUACAAAACUUUGCCCAAACGACUAAAGUUUAUCUCAAAAAAAUGAACUUUCACCCUUAUCUCCUAAAAAUAAAAUAAACUUAAAGAGCUAUGAAUACUAAACUUCUGAUGAAGCUUACUUUACAAACAUUUGUAAAGAAGAUUUAGCUUAAAAUGAUUAAUUCAAAAUAAUGUUGCAACCAAGCUCUGAUUUUCUUUUGAAGAAGCAAAAAGGUUACAAAGAAACCUUGAGAAAUUAUUAUAAUUUACAUAAGCAGCUGAAAAAAAGUGGUAAAUCAUCUACCUCUUUAAAAUUUGAAUAAAAACUAUUACCACUCUAACUUAAUUAAUGUAUUACACCUAAAUAAGAGUAUUUAGAAUAAACCUGUAGAAAUACAUAAAAAAACAGAAUUCAAAUCGCUCUAUCUAGUACCUCCAGAAAUAAUGCUAAAUCUAGUUCGCUUGAUUCAUUAAAUAACUUAACUUCCUUUUAAUUAGCAAAUUUUUCUACCAACCUAAAAAAACUAAAAAAAUAAAAUGAGAAUUAAAAAAAUAUACAUUUAGUACAAAAAGAGUAAUACACAGAUUCAAAUUACCCAUUAAGAAUAAGUAAAAUAAACAUUUUUAAGGAGGAGCCAAAUACCUAUCAAAAGCAAUCUAUUUCUUGA